AGAAGAUGUCCAGUCCACUGGAGAGGGUUGUGGCCCAGAAGAAGGAGGCCAUCGAGGCAGUGAUGGAUAUGUUUGAGAGGGGGGCUGAGGUGUUGGCCAGUGCUGUGGGGGAGCUCUUCCCCCUCUGUGAGGCUGCUGCCCCUGUUCUACGACUGGCCUUAGAUAACGUUCAGAGCAAAGAGGUCUUCUACGUCAAGGAGCAGUUCCUGACUGUGAGGAACAGGCUCGAUGUGCUCUCCACCCAACUGGAGGACAUCGACAGUGAGAUCAAAAAGGGCAGACUGGAUUCCCACUAUUUUGAUGUGGAAGAGAACAUAAGGAACCAGUUCCGGAAGUACAUGGACAUCUUGGAAGCAAAACAACAGUUCCGGGAGGUGAAGACAAGGCUUUUUCUGGAGCAUUUUGCCAAAACUGGAGGAGAAAAAAACUUGUACGUGCUGUAUGAUGCUCUGAUGGGGACCAACAGCUUUGGAGAGUCUGUUUUAGAAGUGGUGGAAAGAUAUGUGGCAAGGAAUCGACGCCUUCUGGAAGACUUCUGUGUUCGGAUGAAGGAGCUCUUCUGCCUGGGCUUGAUCGCUCUGCUGGGCCACUGUGCCCUAACCCAAGGGCCAGAAGAAGAACAGGAGAAAAUCCAAGACUGGAGCAGCAAAAUUGAAGAAGUAGAGUCCAGGAUGAAGACAAUGAUCGAGUCCUGCAUAGCAGCCUUCCCAGAACAAGCAAAAUUAGACUCGCAGCGCCUCCUCCAAGAGAAGGAAAACCAGAAUCUCCAAGAUACCACCCAGGAACUUCUUGAAUUCUUGAAAAGGAAGUAUGAUUGGGUCAGCUGGUCAGUGCGGCUGAUUAACCAUUCAGGAAGCACCUAUCGGAACUGGCGAGCUGGAGAACACUUCCACCAUGUGGCCGGGCAGAACUGGUUUGAGGUUCUCCAGGUGAACAACAUUAACCUGGUGGUGUCAUACAGCAUCAAACCCCAGCCGGUGCCCCGCGACUGCAUUCAGCAGGUGAUGGAGAACCAGGCGAAGAAGGGAAACGCCCAGGCGGUGGUUGAUGUGUUGGAGAAGCAGCUCUGCGGGUUUGUCGUCCAUGCUGUCAGUCGGCACAAGGAGAGCGCAGCUGCGUGGAGCUUUCCAGAAGAUUGCCACUACUGGGAGAGACACAAGAACGUGGCAGUGUGCGUGCACUCAGAGUAAAGCUGAUAUAAACUCAACAUAUAGGAUUAUUUGGGAACAAGUAAUGCUGUAGGAAGGUGUAUUCAAGAUGACAGA